AUGGGAGAUCACAUUCAGGAGUUUGGAAAAAUCCUUGACUACAGGGAUGAAUUGUUAAGGACCAAUCCUGGUUCCACUUGUGUAGUUAAACUUGCUGAACCAAAUGCUAAUAGUCGGCCUGUUUUUCAGAGUUUUUAUAUCUGUUUUGAUGCUUUGAAGAAAGCAUUUCAGCACUGUAGAAAAUGUAUUGGUUUAGAUGGUUGUUUUCUGAAAGGGGUUUGUAGAGAACAGUUAUUGGUAGCUGUGUGUAAAGAUGGUAAUAACCAAAUGUUGUCUUUGGCAUGGGCUGUGGUGGAGUAUGAAAACAAGAGCACUUGGACUUGGUUUAUCAGAAUUUUGAAGGAAGAUUUGGCACUUGGAGAUGGGACAGAUUUAACAUUGAUAACAGAUAUGCAGAAGGGACUAUUUGUUGCUAUUCAAGAUCUUUUACCUGCUCAAAGAAUGGAGAGGGCUACAGAGAAGACCGCAGUUUUGGUUGAGUCUCAACUAAGGAGAAAUAUUGAGCUGAUGAAGUUUCUUGGUCCAACGAAAAUGAUGGACAAACUGAUGUAUUACAACAUAGAUUAUUGGUGUAAGGUCUACUUCAACACUAAUGUAAAAGUAGAUUCUGUAGAUAACAAUAUGGCUGAGUGUUUUAAUGCUUGGAUCUUGGCUGCCAGGCACAAAACUAUAAUAACAAUGCUUGAGGUGAUUAGGGUGAAAAUGAUGGCAAGGAUUGGAACAUUGAGGGAGUUUGUGUUAGAGGAAAAUGCUAAACUUUCAAUGCAAUGUAACAUUGAGUUUAAUGGAGUUGCUGGUUUUGAAAUUAGGGAAGGACUAUAUCAAUACACUGUGGAUAUUUCUAGAAGGCAGUGCAGCUGUAGGGUGUGGCAGCUAAAAGGCAUUCCAUGUGCACAUGCUUUAGCUGCAAUUCAGUUCAAAAGGUAUGAUCCACUUGGCUACAUUGACCAUUGCUACAGCAAAGAGACUUAUAUGAGAACAUAUGAGCAUGUUCUUCAACCAGUCACAAACAUGGAAAUAUAG